GAAUGUUCUUCAGUUCCGUUAUUUUCACGCAGUUUCUCAAGGAGGUGACGAAACGGUUUUCUAAUUCUCUUCCACCCAUCCAUGAAUGAGGGUCGACUAUUGAGUAAGAUUCUGAACAAGUGUUCGAACCGUCGUUUGCUUGAUCAAGGAAAGCAGGUACAUGGGGUUGUGGAGAAACUAAGACUUGGGCGUGAUUUGAUUCUGAACAAUGAUCUUAUAGAUAUGUACGCAAAAUGUGGUACCGUGGAUUUCGCUUGUAAGGUGUUUGAUCGAAUGCCUCAAAGAAAUGUAGUGUCUUGGACGGCUCUAAUGUGUGGGUAUCUGCAAAAUGGUGAUGCCAAAACCUCUUUGGUUUUGUUUGUUAAAAUGGGUCGUACAAAUGUUACGCCGAACGAGUUCACGCUUUCCACAAGUCUAAAAGCAUCUGGGGUUUUGGGGAUCCCUAAGAACGGAAUGCAGAUUCACGGGGUUUGUGCAAAAUCUUGUUUUGAUAGGGUACCAGUUGUGGGUAAUUCCAUGAUUGACAUGUACUCCAAGUGUGGUAUGGUUAGUGAGGCAGCAAAAGUGUUCAACACUUUGCCAGUGAGAAAUGUUAUAAGCUGGAAUGCAAUGAUUGCUGUGUACACCCAUGAAGGAAAUGGUGAAAUGGCUUUGAAUCUAUUUCGAGAAAUGCAACAGAAUCGGGACGUUCCUGAUGGGUAUACAUAUUCAAGCUCGUUAAAGGCUUGUAGUGGUGCUAGUGCGGUAGGAGAAGGAAUGCAAAUUCAUGCUGCAUUGAUCAGACAUGGAUUUCCUUACUUGGCUCAACCAGCUGUUGCAGGUGCUUUGGUUGAUCUGUAUGUCAAAUGCAGGCGCGUGGCUGAAGCUAGGAGGGUGUUCGAUCGAAUUGAAGAGAAAAGUGUGAUGUCUUGGAGCACACUAAUUCUUGGUUAUGCACACGAAGAUGAUUUGGCAGAGGCCAUGGAUUUGUUUAGGGAGUUGAGAGAGAGCAGACAAAGAAUGGAUGGGUUUGUACUCUCGAGUCUCAUAGGUGUCUUUGCUGAUUUGGCCCUUGUGGAGCAAGGGAAGCAAAUGCAUGGUUAUACCAUCAAAGUCCCGUAUGGUUUAUUGGAAAUGUCUGUGGCUAAUUCAGUUUUGGAUAUGUACAUGAAAUGUGGACUAACAGAUGAGGCAGAUGCACUUUUCAGAGAGAUGCCAGCAAGAAAUGUGGUUUCAUGGACUGUUAUGAUCACUGGUUAUGGGAAACAUGGUAUGGGGAAUAAGGCAGUUGAGCUUUUCAACGGAAUGCAAGUGAAUGGAAUUGAGCCUGAUAGUGUAACUUAUUUGGCUGUGCUCUCAGCUUGCAGCCACUCUGGACUCGUAAAAAAAGGUCAAAAAUUCUUCUCUAGUUUAUGUAGCAAUAAGCUGAUCAAACCGCAAGUUGAGCAUUAUGCUUGCAUGGUUGAUCUUCUUGGACGAGCUGGACGCUUAAAGGAAGCAAAGGAUCUCAUUGAGAAAAUGCCCCUAAAGCCAAAUGUGGGCAUAUGGCAGACAUUGCUUAGUGUUUGUAGAAUGCAUGGAGAUGUGGAAUUGGGGAAGCAAGUGGGAGAGGUACUUUUGAGAUUGGAUGGUAAUAAUCCAGCCAACUAUGUCUUGAUGUCAAACAUUUAUGCUGACGCCGGGUAUUGGAAAGAGAGUGAAAAAAUGAGAGAAAUUUCGAAGAGAAAGGGAUUGAAGAAAGAGGCAGGACGUAGUUGGGUGGAGAUAGCCAAGGAAAUUCACAUUUUCUACAAUGGAGAUGGCAUGCAUCCUCUAAUAGGGGAAAUUCUCCAAGUGUUGAAAGAAAUGGAAAAGAGGGUGAAGGAAGAAAUGGGCUACGUUCAUAGUGUAAAUUUUGCAUUGCAUGAUGUUGAAGAGGAGUCAAAGGUUGAGAGUUUGAGGAUUCAUAGCGAGAAAUUGGCUAUUGGGUUGGUUUUGGUUAGAGGUGGGCUUAAAGCAGAAAGGGUGAUUAGGAUUUUCAAGAACUUGAGGGUUUGUGGGGAUUGUCAUACAUUCAUCAAGGGUUUGUCAAAGGUAUUGAAGAUUGUAUUUGUGGUGAGAGAUGCAAAUAGGUUUCACAGAUUUGAGAACGGAUUGUGUUCGUGUGGAGAUUACUGGUGAGCUGAACCCGAAAAUUCUUCAACCUCACUUAUGGCCAUGCGUGUCUUACUGCCAUAGAGUCAUAUUUUGAUUUUUGAGUCAACGUAUAGCACUAGCCUUAUUGGCAUAAAUUAUAUCCAAACGAAGUUCUUGCA